GUUCGUCUCCGUUGGCCGGCAACGCGGCCGAGAUAUCUAGUGUUCAUAUCUGUGGGCCCGACGCCCCUGUUACCACGAAGACGAAGAAGAAAAAACGCGUCUGCUUUUCUUUGGCCGCGUUGAGCUUCCGUAGUACAAGAAUGCGUUUCCAUAGAAACCAUCUACGGAGAAGGCGAAGCUAGCUCACAAAUAGCUCGGGCGGGUACUUUCAUCCUUAUUGUGACAGUAAAACCUCUCGUUUUGUGUUGUAGCUGCUGAUCAGAAGGUUCAGAAAGAGACAGCGGGCGCUAGCUUCGUCGUCUCACUUCCUGUUAGCAACCAGCUAGCUGUUAAGAGGAGAAAUCCUUGAAGGCGUUAGCUUCACACAGCCGAUCGAUGCUAAAACACAGGAUAACACAAGUUACCCAACUCUGUUAUAUCACAUUAAGCUGCUUUUUUUCUUACAAUCCAACAGGACUCUUCGCUUCGCGCUAAACCUUUUACACAAUCCAGCCUCAUCUGUGUGGGCUGUGUUGGUCAGAAGCUUCAUCUGGGAUAACAUCUCUCAUCCCCACUUCCCGAGUCCAGGUUCUGUUCCCCAGGAUGUCCUUCAGAGAAUUGAGAAAUUUCACGGAGAUGAUGAGGGCCUUGGGAUAUCCCAGGUUGAUAUCCGUGCAGAACUUCAGAACACCAAACUUCACCUUGGUGGCAGAGAUAUUGAUAUGGCUCAUAAAGAGAUACGAGCCUCACAUGGAUAUUCCCACUGAUGUGGAUACAGAGUCAGACAGGGUGUUCUUCAUUAAGGCCGUGGCCCAGUUCAUGGCAACGAAGGCUCACAUCAAACUCAACAUGAAGCACCUCUACCAGGCGGAUGGCUACGCUGUGAAAGAGUUGCUGAAGAUCACCUCGGUGCUGUACAACGCUAUGAAGACUAAGCAGAAUGCCUUUGGAGAACUAGUUGAGGAGGAUAACAACAAGUUCAAGUUUGACCUCGGCUCACGGAUUUCUGAUCUCAAAACAGCUCGACAGCUGGCAUCUGAGGUCACUUCUAAAGGAGCAUCUCUCUAUGAUUUACUGGGGAAAGAGGUGGAACUGCGGGAAAUGAGAACUGCGGCCAUUGCCAGACCUCUGGAGGUCAAUGAGACCGAGAAGGCCCUGAGAGCUGCCAUCAAGGAGGUUUUGGAAAGUGUGGAGAAGACCAAAGACAUGCUGAGAAAUGUUGGGUCGGACGUGACCUCUCUCGACGCCAAAAUAGAGAAGAAGAAGCAGGAGCUGGAGAGGAAUCGAAAAAGACUCCAGACGCUUCAGAGUGUCAGACCAGCAUUCAUGGACGAAUAUGAGAAGAUAGAGGAGGAUCUGCAGAAGACGUACAUCAUCUAUGUGGAGAAGUUCAGGAACCUCAGCUUUCUGGAGGCGCAGCUGGAUGAGCACCACAGACUUGAGCAGGAGAGGUUUGAGGAGGCUGAAAACAACAUGAGGAUGAUGCAGCACAAACUGAGGGAUGAGGAGAAAGAUAUGAUGAGAAGCUCCCUGAAAGAUGAGGAUUCGGACAUGGACGUCCCAGAAGACGACGGCUCAGACAGUGACAUAGAAGAGAGUCGACCCUCGAAGCCCCGGCCCACAAGAAACAGCAUCAUGGCAGGAUCAGGAGCUCGUUUCAUCGGGACCAUGCAGGGUGAGAGCGACGAGACCGAGGACAGUGAGAUUGACGUGGAUGAGGAUGAUGAAGACGACGAGGAGGGCGAGGAGGAAGAGGAAAGCAAGGAUUUGGAGGACGACAGUUUGGAGGAUCCAGGGUCCAAGGCUGCUCACACCUCCAGGGGGCCAGCGAAACCCCCUCUGUUGGAGGAGAGUGACAAUGACUUCUGAAUUAUGAACACACUCAUGAUCCACCUUUUUCCACAUUCCAGCUGAAAUGAGAACAUCUCAUUUCCUCUCAGGAAUAUGUAUUUAAUAUUAUUUUCCAUUGAGUUAUUAUUUUUCUAUAUUUGUGAAAACUGGUAUGAUUAUUAAAAUAUCAACAAUUC